UCGCUCUCUCACUUGCAUCUAGCUGACACUCGCACAACAGAGGCACCACAAAGGCCUUUGCUGAGGAGAAGGAUUCAGUUUAAGCACACAUAGAGUGACGUCUCAAGGAAAAGCGCCAGACAAAGAAAGGUGUGGGAGAAGGAUUACCCAGACAACAGAUGUAAAGGGAAUGCUUCAAAAUGGUGCUGGAACACACAAAGGUGGAGAUAACUGGAGUAGUCACCAAAAUCAGUACCAAGAGGAAGACCGUUCUACCUUUUCCAGCAUGCAGAUGAAGGCCAGAGGAAGCAGUUCAUCUCUGAUCUCAGGCAAACCCAUGGCUACCAAGGUGUCUGUUGCCUUGGAGAGUGAUUUCAGAGGUUCUGGCUCAUCUCACAUUCAAAAUUCCACUCUACAGCAGGAGACUGCCAGUGAAAACACAAGCAAACAUUUCAGACAGCACAGACCAUCAGUACUACGCAAAGGCAACCAGCCGUUCCCGCAAGCUUGUGGUGUUCAUGACUGGGUUGUGGACACUGUGUGUAAGACGGAACCUGACAGUGCCCUGUCAGACCCUGUGCCACUUUACACCAACCAAUCAGAAAGUCCUCAGCCUGGCAGCACAGAGCAUACUGGGAAGCAUGCAUACAGUCUUCCAGGUGGCUUUCUGUGUGUUAAAGGACAAUGUGGAUGGCCUGGGUGCUCAAAGAGCAGAGAAGUGUUCAAAGAAUAUGGACAUUUCUUAAAACACCUUUCUACUGACCAUGCUCCUGGGGACAGAAGUAUAGCCCAGUUGAGGAUCCAGAAAGACAAAUUACAAUACAUGGAGAAUCAGUUGAUUGCAGAGAGACAGAAACUGCAGGCCAUGCAGCUACACCUGUUCGACGUCAAAUCUACCUCUGAGGAUGGUAACAGUGUGGAGAAGUCAGGACAUCUGUCAGAACUCCUGCAACCUGCAGCAUGUCAGAACGCAAAUGGUGUCUAUGACAGUGACAGAGCGGCAGCUGAAGCGCUAACACAAGGAUACUGGCAGAUCUCUACCUCACAAGUUAUACCAGGGAUUAUCCCCAGUUUUGAGUAUUAUAAGUUCACAAACAUGAGGCCACCUUUCACCUACGCCUCCAUGAUACGAUGGGCGAUACUGGAGUCCCCAGAGAAGCAGCUUACUCUGAACGAAAUCUAUCACUGGUUUACCCGCAUGUUUUUCUACUUUCGUCACAACACCGCCACAUGGAAGAAUGCUGUUCGGCAUAACCUCAGUCUUCAUAAGUGCUUUGUGCGCGUUGAAGGAAGAAAAGGUUCUGUUUGGACCGUGGAUGAAGAGGAAUUUCUGAGAAGAAAAGGACAAAAGUUUCACAGGGAUCAGGAUAUGGGCUGGAUGGCACCUUUUCACCUGCUUCCUGUGACUCCACAAGGUGAAACUUAUCAGAUGCAAGGCCCAAAUGGACUCUAAUGAAGAGAUUACAAUCGCAUUUCUUAGUAGGAAUGAUAAAUAUUAUGAUAGUUUAAAAUUAACUUUAAUUUUUUAUAACAUAUAUGUUUUAAACAUAUAUCUGGCAGUCUGUUUCAGACCUAAUUAUGUUUUUUUGGGGAAAAAAAACUUUUGUGUAAGGAAUUAUGAAUCUUGCAUAAUCCAAAGGUAAAGUUAAGUAGUGGGUGUUCAGCAAACUUUUCACUAUCCUUCUUGCUUUUAAAUGUACUGAUUAUAAAGUACAAGUACGUUUUUUAUAAAGCUUACAAUUGUACAUCAAUAAUGAUACUAAUAGCAUCGUAUGUAAAUACAUUUAAUAUGGUACUUAAUUUAAUAAUUAUGCUGUUAAACAAUAACUGUACAUUUUCUCUCUAUGAAUUAAUGUCUUAAAAUAUGAUAUUCAAAUAAAGGUCCAA